AUGUCUUAUCCGACAUCAGUAACUGCUGUUCCGAUAACAACAUCGCCAACCACAUCAGCAUCCCCGACUACUACUUUCGCCUCUUCGACAUCUUCCGUGAGCAGCAGCAAUGCCCCAACAUCAACUACCCCUGUAACGACUGGAACAACUCCAAUUGCAACCUCCAUGACCUCUGUGGCAACUGCAUUACCCACUACGAUUACAUCAAAAAAUUCAUACGGUUCAACAGCUGUCAUCACCACAGAGAUGUCCGCAACUACCUCUGUCCCUGUCCCCACUCCAUCUCCCGUAAACAACUCAUCAAACACCGGCGCAAUCGUAGGUGGCGUCGUCGGUGGUGUCGUCGUCAUAAUCGCCCUCCUUGGGCUUUUCUUCUUCUGCUUACGCCGGCGCAGAAGGCGAAAUGAAUUUGACGGGAACUUGGACCCCGAUCAUCUCGUUUCCCAUCCCUCAGGGGGCAGAGCCCAGCCCCAGAUCGACCUCGGCGAAGAAAACGAGAUCACCCCCUUACCUUACCCUGACCAUAACAGAAGCAUGCGUCAAUAUGGAGAAAGUCCGUUCCAACCUGCGGGUGCCGCCGCCAGCGCAGGUAUUCACAGCACAACCUCCCCACUCAGCUCUCCCUCGCAAUACAGCGACACUGCCACCUCCCCCGGCGAGGGGUACCCCUCUCAGGGCUUCGUACGCCCAGGCCCGAGCAUGUACCCAAUGCAGCAAGCAGGCUGGCACACCCCGCGCCCACUUACAUCACCCGCUCCAAGAGUCAGCAAUGCAUCUGCAUCUUCUUCCGGUCACGGGAUGAAAGAGCGAGGAGCCGCUGCUACAGCUGGCCGUCAGGGGCUCGCUCUACCUACACAGCAAGAGGUUGACGGUGAGGGGUCUGGCGCUGUUCAGCACCAGGAUGCGGGACAGGCGCCUAGUGAGGAAGGAGAACCGAUAGAUGUUCCGCCUGCAUAUGAGUCUAUAAGGCAGUAG